UCCCUCUCUCCGGACGGUGUGUACGGAUCCUGAGCGGCCAUGGCUCAGCUGGACUCGGUGACCGAGGUGCAGAUAGACCCGGAGGGGGUGUUCAAAUAUAUCCUCAUCCGGGUGAGCGCGGGGGCGGCGGAAACAGAUCCGCACCGAGAUGUCGUCAGGGGGACCAAGAGCGCCGAGUACCACAAUCACAUCUUUGACAAAGUGAACCCUGAAAUCCAAGCGCUGGGCCUGCAAUGUAAAUGCCUCGGAGGGGGGAAGAUCGAGCACAACAGUGCAGAGAAGAAGAUCCGGGUGUACGGGGAAUCUACAGGAUACGGCCGAGCAGAUCACGCCGUCGCUGCGGAAAAGCUGAAACGCCAUUACAAGGACUAUGAGGUGGUCUGCGAGGACAAGUAGUGAUGCUGCGUCCGGCUCUCUGUAGACCAUGUCGCGGGCCU